GCUGCGUCUGACGUCACUCCCCAGUCCGACUCUGUUGUUGUUGUUGUGUCGGUGACGCGGCAAGUCCAGCCGGCCGAACGGCAAAUGAGUCAGCAUCAAUAAUCUGCCUAUCUGUGGAUGUGGAGAUUAAUACAGAUCUCCCAGCACAACACUCACACAUCGAUUAGCUGUAAUAAAGCAAAAAUGGCGGUUCCUGCUGCCCCAAACCUGCAGCUGAAUACGGCGAGACAAAGCAGCCCUGUGAACUCUACAGAAAACGACAUCCACAUCGACGAGAGAGAGCUGGAAAACAUCACCAACCACAUCGAGGACGGCACCUCGCUGCCGCUGCACUCUCCAUGGACCUUCUGGCUGGAUCGGUCAUUACCAGGUACAACGGCAGCAGAGUGUGAAUCAAAUCUGAAAAAGAUAUACACCGUCCACACUGUACAGAGUUUCUGGAGUGUGUACAACAACAUCCCUCCUGUGUCCUGCCUCCCUCUGAGGUGUAGCUACCACUUAAUGCGAGGAGAAAGAAGACCACUAUGGGAAGAGGAAAGCAAUGCCAAGGGAGGUGUUUGGAAAAUGAAAGUGCCAAAGGAGAGCACAUUAGCUGUGUGGAAAGAGCUGCUAUUGGCUACAAUUGGUGAACAGUUCACAGAUUACUGUGCAUCAGAGGAUGAGGUGGUAGGAGUAAGUGUCAGUGUGAGAGAACGAGAAGAUGUGGUUCAGGUCUGGAAUGGAAACGCCUCUUUUGCCAAUGAGGCAAACGUUUUAGGAAGAAUCUACGAACUUCUUCCACAGAUAUCUUUUAAAGCAGUAUUUUAUAAACCACACGAGGAGCACCAUGCAUUUGAAGGUGGUCGCUCAAGACAUUAGCAAGCUUUGCACAUUCACCACAGUUUUUCCUGUUUUUGGACUGAUUCUAGAAAAUGGACUGAAAACUGAAAAAUAAUCCCUCCUGUGCGAACAGAACUCUGGUUUUGCAAUGGUUUCAUAUCACAUAGGGAAUGUUACAACCCUGUUUUUAAGUUGUAAGCGUUGCAGAUUAUCCCUCCACGCUUUUCGUGAGGAGUUUUCUCAUAACAGAUAUUUAGGCAAUAUCAAUAAAGAUCACAUAGCCAGUAGCAUAUGUAAUAUAAAUCAUCACAAGAGAACAAUGUUGCCAAUUGUUAUUGUUUCCCCCCCUAUUUCUAAGUUUUUAGAUCUAAUGUGCAGUCCAGUAACAGUUGCUGCUUGUUAAAGUAUAUACUCGUUGUGUUGGAAAUUUCAUUUACAGAGUUAGAGCGUUCAUUAGGAUCAAACUUUUUAGGGCUGUUUUUCUUAGACACACAUUAGGCAUAACCUUAGACUAAAAAAAAAAGUCUAAGGCUAAGCUUAAUCUGCUUCUGGGAACUGUCUUUUAUGCAAAAGUAUUGCACAUUUCUCUUUGGAAAAAAAACUGUCUGGCUUGUAGGUUAUUAAUAAUUUCAGAGCAAAUGUAAGUGGGUGUAACAACCUUGGUUAUAACCGUAAGUAUACAGCAAAAUGCAUAUGCAAUUCCUCGUUUUCACCCUAAACUUGACAUUUAAGUAAAUUAAAGUAAUCCUGUAGUAGUCACAUGAGGGUAAAUUCUUGCAUCUUGCAAACAGCUUUGCUUUUAUGAUUUAGAAAACUGUAUCCAGACUUCCUCCUGUAGUAUUUUAUGUAUAUGAAAGCUGUUUUAGAAUGGUGUCAAAGCACUGUUGAACUUCUUUUCUUUUUUGCUUACUGCCUUGUGGUUGAUAUCCUGUAUUUUGUUCUAUGUUUUGCUGUAGCCGCUUAGUGUCUCGUCUUUGUGAAAAUAGUCCAAAUGCUUAAUAUUUUCAUUGUCUGAAAUCAUUAAGUCUUUUUUUUAACUUAUGCAUUUGCUUCUAACUGCCUUUUUAUUCACUGUAAUCACACUGUGUCUUGUUUCAGAGUGCUAAUUGUAGUUUGUUUUAUUGUGUUUGGAUGGAUGGCUAUGUUGGAAAACUUGUGAGUCGAGGGGAGAUAGUGUAGACGUUGUCAUAUUAUGAAACUGAAAACGACCUGUGUAAUCAUCAGAGCAUAUAUUUUUUUAGUUUUUCAGUACCAAAGAGAUUUCCUUUCUGUUCUCCUAUGUUAUAAUUCAUCAUCGUCUGAGAUCUGCACGUGUCUGCGUCCUUCUGAACUUGCACAGAGGGAGUUAAAAUCUUAUGUUUGUCUUUGCUGAUGUCUUUUCAGUAGCUCACUUUAUGUUGUGUGGCGAUUUUUAUUUAGGUUUGUCAAGUCGGAAACUUCAAGCCCGAAAAGACCUGCAUCAUGAUCCAGGUACCUUAAUGCACUAAAAAGCACAAUUAUGAUUUUGUCCUUCCUGUGGGCAGGGAUGUGCAAAUUAACCUGUACAUGCAGCUGACCUUUCAUAUUUCAGCCUUUUCCUACCUAUCGCUGAUCUCUCAAUGAGAUGCCAGUACUAACGUGGAUUUUUGGGCUUAUUUUCUUGACAUUUGUGUCGGUUUUCCUGGCUCCCAAUCAGGAUCUGAAACCUCAAACUGAUUGUCAAUCUUCUGGAAUGGUGCCUUGUGUUCUUCCAGGGUUUCACUCGUAGAAUGUUCUGUUUAUGUCUAUGUAUUUAAUCAGUUGUAUUAUUAUUUUUCUUUUCUUUUGCUUAUAGGUUUUGAACUAUUGAAUAAAUACAACGCAGAAUUCGAAA